AAGUGACCAUCAAUUUACUCAAACAAACACAACAAAAAUAAUGGUUCACCACAGAUCCAUUGUCAUUGCCAAGCAUGGAAACUUUUACUUAAUGUCCACAGCUGCACUCAGAAGGCUAUCCUUGAUGUCCUAAAUACUUCUGAGCAUCGCAUUCUAUGGAACAAUACUGUUGUUUUUGGUCGUGGCCAAGAAGUCAACUUUUUCAUAAAUGAUGAAGCCACUUCAAGGAAUCAUGUUGAAUUAGUUGGCCAUAUUUUGUCAGAUGGCCAAGCUUCGGUUUAUUAUUAGGAAUGCAAGCAGCAAAAAAUGAUUUACUUCAACCAGCAAAGAAUCAAAAGUAAUUCUAAAUGGAUUCAAUUAAGACAGGAGAUGAAAUAGCAAUUGCAGGCUUGGUGUUCACCAUUAAUAUCGUUCCUGGAACAUUUGAUGAUAUGUUUAUUAUUCAGUUUGAUUUGCCAAGGUUUAUGGAACAAGCAUUGUCAAUCCAUCUUACUCUAACAUCAAGUAUAAAACUUGCAACCAUGAGACAAAUGUUCUACCAGAAAUGCAAGUACCUGUUUCUCCCACAUCAAUGUUAUCACUAUCCACAGCCAUAUCCUAAUUUAGCAGAUCACACAAGGGAAACUCUAAGGGAAGAACCAAUUCACAUUGAAAUAUCAUUUGAAAUGGUUCAGAAUGCUUUCAAACCCUAUGAAGGAAAGGAAGGUUAUAUAGAUUUGGCCAAUUUACAAUACAUCGCUCGUGAGGUUGUUGGCGAAUGGAAAGAACUUGGUCGAGAACUGGGAUUGUUUGAUUGGCAGGUUAUAAUAAUAGACAAUGACUACAGAAAAAUUGCUGAAAAAAGCUAUCAAAUGUUGAAGACUUGGGUUUACUUGAAACCACAAACAACACUGAAAAUUUGGUUCAGCUUUGAAACAUUUAACGGUUGAACGCGGAGACCUGGCCGAAAAAUAUUGUAACAUCGCCGUGCAAAGCCGCGGCAAUAGCCACUUUUUAAAUAAUGGGUAUAAAAUUUUGUAUUUAAUGGAUUUUGUAAUUUUAUUCUAAAAUCUCUAAUUCUAGAUUUGAAGCAUUUU